UCAACAUCAUUCUCCCAGCCUCGCCUUGAACUCUCAACCACAACCCAUGACAACACAUCAACCCAGCCCAUCACAUCACUUGACCGCAUUGGCGACCAUGUAGAAAACAUAAGUACAACAACAACGACCAUCUGGGCCUCCCCAUUGCCGUCCCCAUCCCCGUCAUCACUCUCAUCAUCAACCACAUCCCGCCAUCUUCCCCUCCACCCUACCUGACACUCCCUUCGUAACGACAAUGCUGCUCUUCAUCCUCUUCACCCUCCUCCCGCAGAUCCAGGCAUGGGGCUCUCUCGGCCACCGCACAGUAGCCUACCUCGCCAGCCUCCACUUCACACCCGAAUCCAACACUUUCACCAACACCCUUCUCAACGGCCAAGACAUCUCCGAAGCAGCCCUCUUCCCAGAUAAAGUCCGACACAUGCCUCAAUUCGCAUACAGCGCAGGAUGGCACUACAUCGAUGCUCAGGACUCUCCACCCCAUCAAUGUGGCAUCAACAUGACCCGCGACUGUCUGGCCGAAGGUUGCGUCGUCAGCGCGAUCGCGAACCACACCGCUCGCGUCGCCGACCCUCAUCUCCCGCGGUUCUACCGUGGCCAGAGUCUCAGAUUCAUGAUCCAUUUCUUCGGCGACGUGCAUCAGCCUUUGCAUACCGAGGCCGAGGACCGCGGUGGGAAUGAGGUUUCCGUGUCUUUCGAUGGGCACGCUACGAACCUCCACAGUGCGUGGGACACGCUGAUCCCGAACAAACACGCCGGUGCGGGUCACGACGAUGAUAUGCUAGCGGCCUGGACAUGGGCGCAGAGGCUGUACGCCAACGAGAGCCAACCAUUUGACGAGUGCAUGAAUGACGCUGCUGAAUGUGGACUUGAAUGGGCGAGCGAGGCGAAUGCAUAUGUCUGCUCGUAUGUAUUGGCAAAAGACGUCCACGGUAAGGAUUUAGGUGGAGAAUACUAUGAAGGCGCAGUCCCCAUUGUAGAUGAAAUGAUUGGAAAGGCAGGACGAAGACUUGCAGCUUGGAUCAACGCCAUGACAGCGCCUGCAUCUGCUUUGGAAAUACAAUAAGAAAGGGGGUAUCUUCAUCUAGACACGCUCAGCACGCUGUAACGCUCAUUUAAGCACAAAAUCCUUGAUUGCUCAUAGGUCGACAAUUUCGAUCUCCGGAUCAGUCGUUCCACCGUCUUCGUCGUCGUCCAGAA